UGCAUGUUAUAUACCGGGGUGCGGUCUGCACAUUGCAUACCAGGACAGUAGUUUCUCUUUCUCUUCUUCAGGAGAAACUAGAGCUGGACUGAAAUGGGCUGAUGGGAAAAUUAUAAAAAAUGAGGUUGACAUGCAGGUCCUCCACCUCUUGGGGCCAAAGACGGAAGCUGACCUGGAGAAGAAGCCCAAGGUUCCUAAACAAAAGCCCCAAGAGAAUAUGAAGAAGGAAGAAGAUGUGGUUGGUGAGACUGAAGGCAAAUCUUUAAUGGAACAGCUCAGAGGGGAGGCCUUGAAGUUUCACAAAACCGGGGAGAACUAUAAAACAGAAGGCUAUGUGAUGACACCCAACACCAUGAACUUGCUGAAGAAACACCUGGAGAUCACUGGAGGGCAGGUGCGCACCAGGUUUCCCCCCGAGCCGAAUGGAAUCCUGCAUAUCGGUCACGCCAAAGCCAUCAACUUCAACUUUGGAUACGCCAAGUCCAAUGGCGGAAUCUGCUACCUACGUUAUGAUGACACCAAUCCAGAGAAGGAGGAGGAGAAGUACUUCACCGGCAUCCGCGACAUGGUCGAGUGGCUUGGGUACACGCCCUAUGCAGUGACCCACGCGUCUGACCACUUCCAAAAGCUGUACGACCUCGCAGUGGAUCUUAUUCGCCGGGGCCUCGCCUAUGUGUGUCACCAGCGUGUGGAGGAGCUGAAGGGCCACAGCCCUCCCCUGUCCCCUUGGAGGGAUCGGCCGAUUGAGGAAUCUCUGGUGCUCUUUGAGAGGAUGAGGAAGGGGGUCUUUUCUGAGGGGGAGGUCACGCUGCGGAUGAAAAUGAUCAUGGAGGAUGGGAAGCAGGACCCUGUGGCUUAUCGCAUCAAGUACACGCCGCACCACUGCACGGGAGACACGUG